AUGCAAGGAGGAAUUAGGAGGAAAAAUGACCUCCUACCAAGGUACCGUAAGGGUGCGGGGCACAAGAAACAGUCAUAUCUCACAACGCCAAUGAAAAAAGUGAUCGUGUACGUUAUGAUAUUGAUCACGCUAUGGCUAAUGAUACAGACGAUAUUGAGCGAGAAGAAGGACGUAGACUUUGAGCUAGACACGUCAAACUCGCGUUCAGGCGUAAAUAGAGAUAACACAGACACGUUGGCGGAUGCUGGCGAAGCGGGGAACAAAGUGCCCAAGGAAAAAUUCAACAAUGAGGUUGCCAUGCAGCAGGAGGUCAAGAAUUUGCAGAAGGAAUACGGUAAAGAGCCAGCCAAGGACCCUCCAAAGCAGGCUGUGGGCAACGAUGUCAAAGCGAUGAAGGAGUCAGAGCCCCUAGAAGCAGUCGAUGAGCAGGCAAAGAUGAUAAAUGACAAAGCGCCGUUUAAAAAAACAGAUAAAACAUAG